GGUGUUGUUAGGCACUUCCUGUUUCCAAAAUUGUUCUGCAAAUUGGCAUUGGCUGGAACUUCAGGGUUAACAAGAAUUUGAAUGUCUUGACAGUUGAAGAUGUCUAAAUCCGCAGACACCAACAAACACAGCAACUCUAAGGCAGAGUCUGUUCAGAUUUUGUCAGUUAUUAAGUCUGAAGACUUGACAGCUGCUGAGCUGUUAGAGCAGGUGUUCCCACAUGAAGGCUUACAGUCGGAGGCCAGUGCUGCUGCAGCGGAGAAGGCAGUGACUAUCUCCAACCUGGUAGACCAUCUGGAGCUGUGGAUGGAGGAAACGGCACGCGAUGCUCACACACAAGAUAUGGCCUCCAUCAAAGAUGGCUUGCUCAGUCCUUCAAAUGGGGAGCUUCAUUUCAAUAGAAUGACCAACUGUGGCACCAUCAUGGUCGACCAGGACAAGCUUGGGCUGACAAGUCAAGGCAAUUUCAGCAGCAUAAGGGCCAACUGCUGUGUAUACAAAGGGCGAUGGAUGUUUGAGGUGAUGCUAGGCUCAAAGGGAGUGAUGCAGGUGGGGUGGUGUACACUCAAGUGCAAGUUCUCUCAGGAGGAUGGUGUUGGUGAUACAGAAGAUUCCUACGCAUAUGAUGGCAACAGGCAGCGCAAGUGGAACAAAACCACACAGAAAUAUGGAGAGCAAUGGUGUACCGGUGAUGUGAUAACAUGUGCAAUCGAUUGUGAUAAUGGGUCAAUAGGAUUUUACAGGAAUGGCAAGUAUCUUGGUGAGGCCUUCUCAAAUGUGCGCCUUGGACCAAACUGGGCCUACUUUCCUGCUGUGAGCCUGUCCAUGGGGGAAAGUCUCAGGGCCAAUUUUGGGGCCACACCCCUUAAAUACCCUAUUGAAGGGUUCAGCCCCUUCAUGUCCCCUCCCAGGGCUGAUAUCAUGAAGACACAGCUCCUUCUCGGAUAUCUGGAGAAGCUCCUCUUCAUGGACCUAGAUGGGGAGAUGAUGGAUGUUGCUGGGCAGGGAAAGUUUUCCAUGGAAACAAAACCACCUCCCCUAACAAACACUCGGAGCAAGAAAACAUCCAUUUUGCUCAUAAUUUCUCAAGUUUUUGAAAAGCUUUCUGUGUUCAUGCGUAAUCCUUACAUAAUAGAGCAGUGCUUGAUGGGGCUGUUUCUUCAGCUAGGGACAUCAUGUAGCCCAGGUUUCCAAUCUGUCUCCAAGCUUUUAGACUACAUGUGGGCAUUUAUGCAGAGUUUUGAGAUCAAGGCUUGCCUGGAAGGGUUGAUGCUGUCACUGUUGUCAGGCUACAGAUUUGCGCCCAGCACAACUGACUUCAAACAACAGCGCAUCUAUCUGCGUACAGUUCUCGCAAUUGUGUCCCACUCGCAGACAAGACGCUACAUACUGGAGAAGCUGGACCUGUUUGACAAGCUGAAGUUCCCGAUGUACAUGCACAUCAAGCCUCUGGAUGAUAUGGGCCUUGAACACACUGCCCCUGUCGUCUGGUGGGACAUGUAUACUGAGGAAGAUGGUAAUGAAGAGGUAGAGAAAGACAAGGAGGCUGAACAAAGGAAAGCAGCUUACUUGAAGUCAUGUGAUGAUCUUCAGCAGAAAACAGAAGAAAUAGAAGGCAUACAGAUAGAAAUGUUGAAGAUUCUACUUUGUCACAAUGAUCUAGUUGAGGGAAAAACAUCUCGGCUGCUGUUUCUGGAGAAGUUCAGACAAUUCAUCAGAGACAAUAGGGUCAACAGUUUGACCGCCUGGCCGCCCCCAGUCACCCUGUGCCUUUUCCAUCGCAUGGUGCGAGUGUUGCGGUUUUACUGGGACGCCUUCCAACAGGAGGAUCCGGAGAGAUUCGUACUCAGCCAUGAUGCCUUCAUGCCCAUACAGGAGUUCUGGUCGGACACCCGGAACUAUUUUGACCUUCACAGAUGUGGGGGCACCAUGACUCAUCUAAAUCGACUUCUCGGAGCUGAAGUGAACAAGGCUCAGCGCCUGGAGUUGUCCCCGAGCGGGGAGGUCAAGCCUUUACAGGAGUCCAGCGCAGGAGACGCGCUGUACCCCCAGACAGAGAUGCCCAGCGGUAACACCCUGAUGGACAUGCUGGACGGCGUGAUGCUCAUGUACCAUGUGGCCGCACACAAACAGCUGAAAAAGAUGAAUGCAUUGAAAGAAAACAUUGAAGAAUUUACACACUCCUAUAAAGACACAGUGAAAAAACUGGCAGCCUGCCCGAUAGAGAUGAGCGAUGUUAGGGAUGAGUUGGUGAGAGCGCGCGAUGUGUUCCUCAGCAAGAUAACGGAGCAGGCCAGGCAGAUAUGCUGGAUCAGGGCGGUCGUGUACUCUAAGCAAAAGCAGUUGGACAUAGCCUGGCUGUUGAAGGCUGCAAUGAAGACGGUCGAGAAGGCGUCGCAGUUCGGGCUUUUGUUCCAGUACAUGCCUGAGUUCUAUCUCGAAAUUUGUAUUCAUACUCACACUGCCCUGAAGAACUACUUUCAGCCUUAUGUCCACUUUGAAUCUCUGCCAGACUACAACGAACUUAUGUCAGCGUUCGCCAAGUUCUUGGUGAAUCAUUUUGCAGAUUCCAGGAUUGUUCUAGUUGAUACUCGGGACAGCAUAAUCCAGGCGUUGGCAUGCUUCACCUGCUAUCAACACUCCCUAAAGUUCCUAGAAUCACUGCCUUUAGCAACUUGCCCGCAGCUAUUGCGCAACCUGAUAGCUCCAUACGAGGGGCGGUCGUGGGCCCAGACCAACUGGAUAUUGGUCAGGAUCUGGAAGGGCUGCGGGUUUGGAUUUCGAUACACACAUCUGCCUCACCUCGUGCCUUCCAAAGUGCAGCUCACGGAGUUCGGGUCAGCCAGUCUUCAGAAGCCAUGUCCCUCCACCAAGUUCCAGGGACUACUUGCGGAUAUUCUGCAGAAUGAGUGCGAGCUGGCCACACGUUUCAUUGACACCUUGUUGAACCAGCUCAACUGGUCCUUCUCAGAGUUCAUUGGGAUCCUCCAAGAGAUCCAGACAGCCAUAUCUCGACUAGAAAGAAAGGUUUUGUUGGAGAACCGUCAGUUGAAGAUCUGUGGAACAUGUUUCGAGAUCUCGUCCGGACUCUUUCGAGUACUUGAGAUGGUGGUUGCUAUAGCGCCCAAUCUGUUUACUGAUUGGUCGAAACCUUCAGCAGAACUCCUUCUGCACAGACUUAUACAGCUGAUGUGCCUGGUGCUCACGAGGAUAACUCAGAAGAAUGGAAUGUUUGACAGUGUCGUGUCCCUGUAUAUUACUGGCUUGGAGAGUGUGACCCACUACCCGAUGUUGUCAGUCAUUGCCGGAAUCCUUAUCACCCUUCUACAGAAAACAGACCUGGAAUGCCGGCAGAAGGUGACCAGAGUCCUUCUAUCAGACGCUGGAUUUCAAAUGUCCAGUUUGGUGUUCAUGCUUGGUGGAGAUGGUAACACACAAGCAGAAGGCGGGGCAUCUAGCAAGAAAAAAGAGAAGCCCUUCAACUUUUGUGAUUUUAAGGAGGUUUCAGAAGAGGAAGUUGCAAGCCUGAACUUGCUGGUAAGAUGCCUACAAGAGCACCUGGUCACGUUCCAGCGGCAGGACACGGACAUCCACGAAGAUGAAUUGUGUCAGAUCUGCUAUGCAAACAGGGUGACCACCGCAUUCAUACCUUGUGGCCAUCAUUCAUGCAAGUCGUGUAUUGACCACCAGAUGCUCAUUAAGAAGGAGUGUUUCUUCUGUAAGGCAGAGGUCAUUAGUGUGGUAUCCAUGGCAACCUGAUGAACAGCUUGUUGCUAGGUUUGCAGCGUGAAAUACUUCUCUGUGUACCAUAGCUUGUGGCUUUUGUGUUUGGAAUGUUUUAUUUCUGAAAUAUAAGACAGUUAAAAAAAACACUCAUUUUUAGCUCACCUGUCACGAAGUGACACGGUGAGCUUAUGUAAUAGUGUGAUGUCUGGCAUCUGUCGUGUGCAUUCAUGCGUGCGUGCGUCCGUCAACAAUUUGUUCGUGUAGACAGUAGAGGCCACAGUUUUCAUCCAAUCUUUAUGAAUUUUGGUCAAAAUGUUAAUCUUGAUGAAAUCUGGGUUGGGAAUGUAUUUGGGUCAUCUGGGGUCAGAAACUAGGUCACUAGGUCAAAUCACAGAAAAACCUUGUGUAGACAAUAGAGGUCAUAGUUUUCAUCUGAUCUUAAUGAAAUAUGGUCAAAAUGUUUAUCUUGAUAAUAUCUGAUUUUGGAUCGUAUAUGGGUCAUCUGAGGUCAAAAAUUAGGUAACCAGGCCAAUUCUAGUAAAACCUUGUGUAGAUGAAAGAGGUCACAGUUUUCAUCACUUCUUAAUGAAAUGUUGUCAGAAUGUAUUAAUUGAUGAAAUCUAGCUUGGGAUUGUAUAUGGGUCAUCUGAGGUAAUAAAGUAGGUCAACUGGUCAAAUCAUAGUAAAACUUGUCAGGUGAGCGAUUCAGAGCCAUCAUGGCCCUCUUGUUUAAUUUCCCGUGUUAGUGGCUUCAAUCUGUGGAUGUUUUCUGAACAAUCAGUUAAUAUUGUGUACACUUCGGUCUUACUGACCUGUGUACUAAUGCGAAAGGAAUUGUGGGUAGCACUUCUUUUAUGAGUGAAACGUGAAAGUGAAAGUAGGUCAGGUAAUCGUGCUUCUGACAAUCGCUAUCAGUCUUAAUAGAGAUUCAAAAUCACAUUUAAACAUAAUUAAAUAACAUUUCUUUAAACAACAUUCCGUUUUAAACACACAAUAAAAAACGAUUUUUCCUUCAUUAUUAAUAUUUUCAUUCCUACGCAGAACUAAUUUGGCGGAAGCAUAAUUCCCCAAACAAGGGGAAUGUGAUGCGUCUUAGUAUAGAGGUGACAGUAACAUAGUGACGUCACCAUCUAUGUAUAGAAUGAUCAGUUAAAAAAGUCAGCCAUUUUUGUAUUACCCAAAGCUGCAUAAGAUUAUUCACAAGGAUUGUUUUUAUGGUGCUUUUGUACAUGAAGUGAAUCUUUUGAUUUUUGUAUUUGUUCAACUUUCAUAGCAUGCCUGUGUUGAUUUUCUGUAAUAAGCUCUACUCAAUUAUUUUGAGCAGCUUCCUAUUAAAAUGAAGCAGACAAAAAUUAUUUAUUUCGAAGCUGUAAACUACUAAAAAUACUUGGUAUAUUGUUAAUGUUAAAUGACGCCUAAAUACAUUUAUUUGAUCAAUUGACUCUCUCAGUUAAACAAAUACUGAUGUUUGUUUUUUUUUUUGCAUGUGGUUAUAUUUUCUCUUGUUGAAUAAGUUUUUCCUUCUGUAGAAGUGUGAUAUUUAAAUAUUAUACUUUGUGUACAAAAUCCAUUAUUAUAUUUGUAAAACUAUGAAGUGCCAAAAUGUUAUACAAUGUGAAGCUAAUGAAAUCGUGCUUGAUGUGAUAUGUUGAUGUGGAAGUUUGGAAAAAAUUAUAAUAAAAACAAUGCACAUGUA